UUGGUCUUUAUCUUACGAGUAAUGAAGUCUUUGCUUCUAACGAUGAUCAUCCUGCAUCUUCUGUUUUCCCGGGCUACAGGUGGGAAAAUUCUGAAUAUGGAGAAGUACCCCGACUACAUCGUCACUCAAUCUGGGGACAACGUGAACAUCAACUGCACCAUGAAGUUUCCCGGAACUCCAUACACUGUGCACUGGACCUUAGACUGUGAUGGUUCAACCCUUCUCAAGGAUCACCCGUUGUACAAUGGCAGAGUGAAUUUCAGUUCGUUAAGAUAUGAAAUUACCAUUCAAAACGUGACAGAGCAAGAUUCGAGAAUGUAUUGCUGCCAUGUGGAGACGGCUGACGGUAAAAUACAAGCUGGAAGAGGGAUAAGGUUGCAAGUGACAAAUAAGUUAAAAGAUUUCUUAGGUCAUCAGGGAACAGGACAUGAAAAGUAUAUUCUCUACACCGUCAUAGGGGCAGUAGCAUUUGUUAUAAUAAUCCUGAUUGCUGUGGUUAUUAAGUGUCGCCCUCGAGGUUUAUCAAGAACUGAAGAUCAGGGUCUGCAGUCGCAUCCUUCAGAGCUACAGUAUGCCGAGAUCUGCAAGAAAAGUUCUCAUCAACAAUCAAGACCGAGAAUCAAUGUGCAGGAAGUCACCUACUCCGCCGUCAAGUUUAAGAAACAAGAAACAGGACUAUGAAUUAUAUUUAGACAUUUUUUAAAGGAACUCUCCGGGAAAAGAUAAUACACUGUGUUAUGCCGAACACCGGAUGAAAAAGGGAGGUGCAUGACACAGGGGUAGAAGAAAAAUAAGAGAAUCCGUGUCAUGCUCCGCCCCCUUAGUGCCUGCAAUAGACAAAACACAGUGUAUUAGCUUAUCCUGGAAUAUUCCCUUUAGGUGCAUGCUGUAAAUUUCAUCUAUCUAUGUGUCAUGUCAAAUGUUAAUGUAUUUCAUGCACUGCAUGUAUUCCCAACUGUAUGUGGAGAG